GUUGUCCGAUAUACCGCUCUUCUGUCCGGAGUGUUCUACGGUAUCGCUCACCGUCGCACACUACAAAAAACACACGACGAGGAGAAGGCGCGUCAUGCGGUACAUGAUCGAACAAACCUGAUAGCACAGGCGAAGGAGGCAUGGAAGAGGAAGCAAGAAGGCUCCAAGGACGGUGUUGUCACCGACCCAGAGGACUCUCGAUUUGACCUCGAGAAGCUCUUCGCAAAGUGGGAGAGCGAAUCGAAAUAG